GAGAGUGAACAAGCCCUGGCACAGCCAAGUUAUGACCGUGGAUUACACGCUGUUUAUUUUUUUUACUCUUUGAAAGUUGGCUGGCCAGCAGCAGCAAAAGUCCGUUCGAUUGAUUAGUUGACUCUCUCUCUCUAUUCCCCGCAAUAGCUGCAAUUGACACGACGGGUGGGUUUUCUGUAGAACUGUACAACUACCAAGUUUCUCAUCCGUGUUGGCUCGGCUGGUUUCUUUUCCUCGUCAUCUCCAAUCAUCGAGCGCUUACACGACACAUCCACUGCAAACAACCCGACCCGGGGUUCGGACUAUAUAUAUUAUAGAUUACCCCCCAAAAAAUACUCCAUAUACACGCUCACAAUCGAUCGCCUACUAGAUAAGGGAAACCACCAUCGACGUCAACCUGCUGUGCUCUCCCAUUGCUGCGGAUGGUCGCUGCUGCUGUCGUCGCUUUACAAUGAGCUGAUUGGCAAAGAGACGACAGAAGACCCGACGCCUUGCCACGUCGCUUUUCCUGUCUCCCCCUCAUCAAUCCAACCACAACAUCAUCAAAUCAUGCCGCCACCGGUCUGCUGUGCAAGAAGUGCCGUCGCCGUCGCUCUCGGAUUAUGGAUAACAGCGCACCACCUGCUCCUUGUCGUGUCAUGUUCUUGUUAUGUUCCAUCAGUCGGAUCGCACCGGGUGACUCCGUUCAACGUCACCGUCCGCGAGUUGAGCGAAUCGUCCGCCUUAGUCACCUGGUCACUCUUUGCCGACCAAGAGGACGACCAGAUGAAUUCGACGAAUCAAACGACAGAGAACCCGAUGAUGCCGUUCCGGCUUGAGAUCACCUAUCGGCCUUAUCGCCAAAGGAAGAGGAUGAUCAUCGCCGUGCCGUCAGACGUGACGUCAUACAUUCUGAGCGACUUAAGGCCUGGCAGCGACUACAUGAUCAGAGUGACGAGUGUGACGAAAGGCCUUCGCGUCAGGAGUCAGCCCGUCCGGUUUUCCUUGUCGCAAGUCGUCUCGGCCGGCCCGUCGCCCGACUCCAGAGACGACGCCUACCUGUCCCCACCAUCAUAUCCUUCUUACGGUGGGACCGUGGGCGACCCCAGUACGUACCCGAUGAUGCCUACUUUCAUCGCACCUCCGCCGCGUUCACCUUCUUCCGGCCCGUAUCGUAACAACCGCCUCACCGGCAAUUACACGUCCGUCGUCGGGUUGGCUGAUUACCGAUUCCCGCCGACAGCCAACAGCGCCGGGGUGGUGUACGUCCGCGGAGAAGAAGUCGGCAUCGUCAUCCUAGUCCUCAUCGUUUGGGUGGCUGCCGUUGCGCUAUUUUUCCAUCGCUGGGGCAAGAUACGGAUGCUGCUGCCCUAUCAGCCCGUGUUCAAGGAAGAGGAGCCGGUCAUUGUCGGCCUUUCGCCGUCGCCGACUCCGCUGCAGCUCUCGCAGCCGUCGCAACUUUUACCGUCGUCGAGCCUGUCGCAAUCUCAGCCGCCCGUUCCGCCGUCGGCCGUUCACGUCAGCGCCAACAAGUUCGUCUCACUCGAUCCGGCCGCCAUCCGCCGCAACCAGUUCAUGCUCCAUUCCAGAUUGGCCAGAAUGCAAGCUUACACGGAGCGACGCAACUGGCCGACAUCGAUGAGUAGGCUGGACCAGAAUUGCAUCAUCGUCGGGAGGAGUCCGUUGCCCGCCGUCCGGCAGAAGGGAUACGCCAGCCGGCGAGCCAACACGAUCGCGGCCGACACAUGCGACUGCUGCGAGCGACCCAUCGGCUACUGUCGGAAGCUGAACGACCCCAGUCAUCUACGCCACCAUCACAAGCGCGGGAUUCACCAUCCGAAAUUCGCCAGCGGUUCCGGUUGCAGUUGCGAAGAGCCGCUCAGCGAGCCGCGCAAGGCGCACAGCGCCGAGGUCAUCACGCUCACCGUCACUUCUUGUGAAAGCCCGACCAACAGCGUGAGAUCCAACAGCACGCCAGAGUUGCCCGAACGCCUGAAUUCGCCCUUCUCCAUCAAGCCGCAACGGCCGACGAAUUUCGUCCAGCAGCAGGAUUCAAUAACCGCAGAGUGUUCCCUCUAGUUCAUAUCGACGCUAAAGGAGAAAAAGCGAUUUAUUUAAAAAAUAAAAAAAUAAAAAGGUUUUUUGGGUUUUUCUUUCGUUCAAAACUCGCGCCCGUUUGACUCUUAAAAAACUUUCCUCUAUCUGAUGUAGAGGGCGGAAGGAUGAACAACUGUUAUUUUUUAAACCGCCUAUAGGACAGUCAAGUCAUCAACUUUGGUCCAACUGUAUAAUGUAUAGAGAAAAUUUGUAUGACCUGAAUUCCUUUGAAUGAUUUUUUCCAUCGAGUCUUUUGGCUCGAUCCAUGACCCUUCAUCCAUGACCUUUUUUUCUUUUCAUUUUCUAUACCGCUGGGUGGGUUGCUGACCCAAAUAUUUUAUCCUCCCCUACAUCAAUCUAAUCUUAUUCUUUCUCGUUUAUUUUGAAAUGUUUACCCAGGCCUCCAAGCUGUUUUCUUAUAUUGAAUCGUUCGUUUUUGUUAAAAAUUUAAUAUUGAUCUAUACGCCACUCCGCAUUCAUAUUGAGCCACUUUGUUUUUCAAUGGCGUCGUGACACUGCUGCAGUUUCCAACGCUCCUCAGCCAUAGUAGGAUGGUCCUGUUCUCACAUUUAUAAUUCAAAACUACAAAAAACUAUCGUAGGCCUAUAUAUCGUCAGCCUAUAAUCGAUUCAUAGACAUAUUAUGCGCAUCUUUUCCAUUAUAUGUAUAUCAUCCUAUCAUAAGAUGCUAUACUAUAAUGUCAUCACACGAGAUUAUCAUUUUGUUUAGACAAAUUUUCCCAUGAAAACCAUCAUCAACUCUCAACGCAGAAAUGACUCAAUUCACACCGAGUAUCAUCAGCUUUGUUAUUUUUAUUUGUUUAUUCUUUUUUUUUUCUUUUAUUAUUAUUAUUAUAAGCGUUGUUAAAAAAAAGGGUAUGUAUCUUAAACUUGCGAUGAACUGGAAGAUCAAUGGAAUACAAGCGGCGAAUACUAUUAUCACAAUAA